ACAUCAACCGGCUGGACUUUUAUUGAGAAAUACAAAUCAACCAAACAAAAAGCCGAGCCACAAGGCCAUUAAAUUAACUAUCAAUAAUAAAUGUAAGAUGGCGAAUUCGAAUCAAAUGCAACCAUUGGGAACGACAACAACAUCAGCAGCGACAGCAGCUCAAGUGCCGAUAACAGCCGCAGCGAUUACAAGCAAUUUCCAGGAGUUAAUUAAGGAACCCAAAGGACUUGACGAGGCAGCCAAUUAUUUGUAUCAAACGCUUGUGGACGAUGCGGUGGCCGGCAUAUUCAUCGAGACACAUCAUUUGCGCAAAACAAACAAUUUGACGGCGCUCGAUGGGGUCGGCGAGGAGAAUGCGGAAUCAACGUAUAGAAUCUGCGAGAUGCCAAAUUUGGAUAUCUUUGGCAUAUCGACGGCAAAGAAACCAAUGGACUGCACCUGCCCAAAUUGUGAUAGAUUAGUGGCUGCGGCCAGAUUUGCACCGCAUCUGGAGAAAUGUAUGGGCAUGGGACGCAACUCAUCGCGCAUUGCCAGCCGACGAUUGGCCACCAAGGAGGGCACCAGCGCCAGUUCCAGCUCAUCAUCAACGUAUUUACAAUCGGGGAAUACAGGUGGCACGGAUGACGAAGACGAUGUAGACUGGUCAUCCGAUAAGCGUAAAAAAAAAUCCACACAAAACUCUCGCAACAAUGGUUCGAAAAAAAACAAUGGAAAAACAUUCUAAAUUUUCAAAUAAAUGUCACUAAUAUUGUA